CCCGACGAUCAGUAUAAGACGACGUUCAUAGUGAUGUCGUUUGGACUUACUAAUGCACCAACUACAUUUCAGCGCUACAUGAACGACUUGUUUAGGCCAUGGUUAGAUAGGUUCAUCGUAGUGUACCUAGACGACAUCCUAGUGUUCAACAAGACCCUCGAGGAACAUGAGGGCCAUCUACGACAGAUUCUAAGCAAGCUGCGAGAGUCUAACUUAAAGAUUAACCCGAAGAAGUGCGAGUGGGCCAAGACACAGGUCCUUUACCUAGGCCAUGUACUAGACGGCGAUGGCAUUCGGCCUGAGGACAACAAGAUUGCAUCCAUCAGAGAUUGGCCGACUCCUAAGACGUUCACAGAGUUGCGCUCAUUCCUAGGACUGACUAACUACUACAGGAAGUUCGUGAGGAACUUCUCCACGAUCGCUGCUCCCCUUCGUAGACUUUUGAAGAAAGAGACUAUCUGUAAGUGGGACCAGGAUUGUACGUCAACCUUCAAGAAAUUGAAGAAGGCUUUGAUAAAGUACCCUGUCCUCAAAGUUGUUGAUCCAUCAUUACCAUUCGUUGUAACUACAGACGCGAGUCAAUAUGGCAUAGGUGUCGUUCUACAGCAAGAUGACGGCAACGGUUAUAGGCCCGUAGAGUUUAUGUCAGCUAGGCUUCCCUCAGAGAAAGUCGCAGCAUCGACAUAUGAAAGAGAACUCUACGCUCUCAGGCAGGUUCUAGAGCACUGGAAACACUACCUGCUUGGGAGGCACUUCAAGGUUUACUCAAUCCACGAGACUCUUAGAUGGUUAAAGACACAGGCCAAGAUGACGCCCAAGUUGACUAGAUGGGCUGCUGAGAUAGACCAGUAUGACUUCGAGUUGAAACUCGUCAAAGGCAAGUAUAACGUGGUAGCUGAUGCGCUAAGUAGGAGAUUUAAUUACUUCGGCGCGAUAGUGCACUAUGUAGGCAUAAAGACCGAUCUGCAACAGAAAGUAAGAGAUGCCUAUGCAAAGGACCUGAUCUACAUUGAGCUGCUGAAAAGAGUAAGGGAAGCCCUAGAUAGUGAGCCACACUACCGAACCACGGACGGGCUACAUACCACUCUAAAGACAUAAAAAUUCAAACACUCACGCACACACACAUAUAAAUAACGACAUAAAACAAACAACUCAACAACAC